GAGCAAAUGGUCGCGAGCCAUCCGGAUCUGGUGGGCAACGACAAGACGCAGAGCCAGGCCGUCGAGGCGGCGCUCCAGCAGCACUUCGCCAGUCGCCCGCCGCCCCCGAUCUCAGCCGCCAAGCCUCCGUCGUUGGAUGCUGCUGAACGCUUCAAGGCGCCCCCUUUCAAGCAGGAGCAUAUCUGCAAAAAGGUCGAGCGCUGCUGUUGGGAGCUGGUGACGGCGGAGCACAAGGUGCAGGAUAUCCAAUCUCGGCUCGACGAGCUCACUGAGGAGCACCUCCAGGCGACGAUGGCGCACGAGGCGGCGGUUGUGGCGGUGGCGGGGAAGGGCGCCUCGUCGGAACCCGCGCUGCCUGAACGCCUCGCCUUCCGCCUCGGCCUGUCCCUCUUCGUGGACGUUGAUGAGGCGGACGAGGACAACCGCGCUGCGGCGGAGGCGCUCCAGGCCGCCAGGCGCGUGAUGGAGAAGGCCUACGACGCGCUGGCAGCGCAGAAGGAGGGCGCGCGGAUCCAGAGCGCGGAGGCCGCGCAGCUCGCGCGCAUGCAGCGGCACCUCCAGGACAAGGCCAAGGUCCAGCAAGAUGCCACGAAGAGGAGGUCCUCGGAGGGGGCGGUUGCAGGCGGCGACGCCGAGGCCGCGCUAGAGGCCGCGCUAGAGCCUGCCACCCCCUGCGUAGCCGAGGCGCCCGUGCCCCCGACCCCUGUGGCUUCGGAGGCCGACGCCGACGUGGUUCCCGCGGCUAGCGUGCUCGCUGCGGAGGUGCCCGUGCUCGAGGCGACCCCCGAGCGCGAGGCCCAGCACCUCUCGCAGGCCCAGGCCAUCCACGAUAGGGCGACCAAGGAGCUCGCCGGGCAGCUCGCA